UGUACAGGCCUAUCAGUUCUGAACUGUAUCUUCCAAUGGUUACUAUUUUGGAUCGAAUUUUUUAGUUCACACACUGGCCCCAGAAGAUAUUAGUGUGGUGGCGUCGCUUGGCGAUUCUCUCAUGAUCGGACUGGGAGCAGAUACCACAACAACGGCUCGUUUUUUCACAGAGUUCCGUGGAAUAUCGUGGAGUAAUGGCGGAGAUGCGAGUAUUGAAGACGUUUUAACGCUGCCCAAUUUGCUAAAGAGAUUUAAUCCGAAAUUGAGAGGAUACUCAACGAACACAGCGAGACACUACCAGAAAAAUUCUGGACUGAAUUUGGCAACCGUUUCUGCUACAUCCAGGCAUUUGGAAGCACAAGCACACCAACUUAUAUCUCAAGUGAAACGGGAUAAGAAAAUUGAUUUCAAGAAAGAUUGGAAGCUAGUUAAUAUUAUGUCUGGCUCGAGAGAUCUCUGUAGGCUGUGUGGAAACCUGGAUGAAAUAACUCCGGAUAUUUACAUCGAAUCUCUGGUCAAGACGUUGGACACGUUGCAAAUGAAACUGCCAAAGACUUUUGUAAACCUCAUUCUGCCGUUGAACGUUUCAUCACUCUUCGCUUUGAAUGUUCCUGGGCAGUGCAGGAUUGGAAACUGGUCUAUAUGCCCUUGCUUGAGAGAUAAGUCCAGGAGUGAGAGAAUCUCACAUUUUUACGAAGGGUACAAAAAUCUUGUUUACGAGUUGAUUGACAGUGGUGUUUACGACAGAACAGACGAUUUUACCGUUGUUAUUCAACCAGUUUUUGAAGAUCUCUCCUUGCAUGUCUCUGAGAAUCGUGAGUUAUUUUCAUUGGAUUGUCUCCAUUUAUCUGCGAAAGGAAAUGCAAUGGCAGCUGCUGCCUUGUGGAACAAUAUGUUUGAACCGAUAAACAAGAAAUACUCAAGAUGGCCGGAACAACAAAAUAUACAAUGUCCUACGAAGGAUUUGCCAUAUUUUUCGACAAAGCUAAACAGCAUGAGUGAUUCCAAUCAUCACGAGGCAGAGGACAGAAAACACGAAAUAUCUCCGGGAAUUAUAGUCGCUGUUACAAUGGCGGUUAUUUUUGCUUUCACUAUAUUUGCUGCCUUCGUUUAUUUAAAAAACAAACUACGAACUCCGAUUACUAAACUGAAGUUUAGUACAAAACCUUGGCUGAAAUACAGUAUUUAGCGAAAUAAUAGGAGCAUACAUUUUAUAACAAUAUUGAAGUGGUAUUUUGUAUGAUAAAUAUUUAAAACCUCGUUUAUCUUCGAACGAAGAUUAAAUUGAUGAAUGAUGAUACUCAAGUGGUAGUGAGAGCUAUUCUAACAAGAUAAAUAUAUAUUUUAAGACAU